AUGGAUUCAAUUCAAUCCUUUUUUAACUCAAAUUCAUCUUUUACUCCUUCUUCUCCUUAAAAGACUAGGUAAUUAUGCAUUUUUUAUAAAGACCUCUUCCAAGUCCUUCCUUAGUUAGCCUAGAGGAAUUCAAUUUAAACGACAUUUUCCCAGAAGAACUAAACUCAAGAAAGUCUUCAGGCUAGAGGUUUGAUAAACCUAUUUUAGUAAUUGAGUAUUUAGUAGAAAAACUCAAACUCUAUGAAUGA